AUGCCUUCACAUCAACGAUUCCCCGCCUGCACAGGUGGACCUCUUCAAGUGAUCGGACAGACACGCCGAGCGUCUCGACAGGAUUCUCAGCCAACCACUCCUCCAGUAGAGACGGGGGCAUCAUCAGUCACCGUCGUACAGAAGUCACCCUCUUUAUCCACCAAUCAUGUUGUUGCAACAAACUGGAGCUCCGCAAAACGGUCAGAUCCAGUGGAACAAGCAGAUCCCGUGCAUGCUGUCCAGCCGCAGAACAUUGGCAGCGUGACGCAACUGAACACAACAUAUUCUGCAGGACAGAAUUUAUUUUUUAUGCGUUCAGCCAAGUCGACGUUUCGACAAGUGCCUUUGGCCCAUCAGGUAUGUCCCUAA